AUGAGCGAACUCCGGAAUUCUCUUGGAACUCGUUCACCAAGAAUUACUACACCACAGCUAAAUCAGACAAAAAACAAGUCAGUGACAACACUGAAAGUAAAAAACAUGCCUAAUGCACGUCUUUUUGUUGAUAAGAAAGAAGGUAUUAGAACAAUGCGUCUUAGAGAACUCGAAGCUGCUCAAGAACGCGAGGAAAAGGAACGCCUCGAAAGAGAAGCCGAUAAAGAACCAAAUGUUUUUACAAUUUUGAAAGAAAGACGUGAAGAAGAAGAGAAUUGCUUGGAUUUCCUUGAUGUAAACAGGCGCAUAUUACGUCAAAGGAACUCAGAUCUCGUUGACGAUCGUCUAAACGCUGAUUAUCAGCAUUAUUUAUACAAAUAUAUUCGUUAUCAGGCAGAAAACGAAACAACGCUCAAAGCAGAGCUCAAAGAGGCUUAUUCCAACAAGCAAAAGUUUUCAGACAACAGAUCUCAUCGCAACGACCAAUAUCUCGAACAAAGGAAGAAAGAUUACGCUAUUUCUCAGAAACGUGUUCAAAUGCUUAUCCAAAAGUUACGCGAUGAGUACAGAAACAACGUGAACAACGCAUUAAGUACAAUAGAAGCUAUUUCUCAAGAAUCAAACAAUACAUCAAUGGAUAUGAUCAAUACAAUGAGCCAAAACAUUACCAAUGGUCUUGUUUCAUCAGCUCUCGCAUUACAGAAAGUUGCUGAUGUCAUUAAUUUCGUUCCUUUCUUCUACAAUGAGUUAAUUCCUCAUUUCCAAGCGAAUGGCUUAGUUUUUGAUAUCAACAACCAACAGAUACCACAAUUCCAUGUUACAAACUACAUGAAAUCCCUUCCUAACGAGACAAACAAGGUCUUUACAACGAUUCUUGAAACAUUUCAACCGGAAUCGAUGACUCCGAAGAUUCUUUCGAGACAAUGCCGCGCGAUAUGUGUUGUUACGAAGCCCCUCGUCUUCUCCGAUGAGCAGAAAGCCAAAAUUGCUGAAACAUUAGGUUGGAAUUAUUAUAAUGUAGAGAAUUUCAACAAUGCUGCCGAAGAAAUAUUCACUCUUCUUUCUACGACAACAGAAGAUGCCUUAAUCUUCGGUUUCCCGCGUACUCCAAGCGAAGCACAAGAUUUGUUUAAUAUGUUCAACCCACAGACCGACAAAGAAGUCAAAUCUCAUCUCCUACCACGUCCUGUGUCCUCCGAAAUCACCCCAUUCGACAAAAUCAUCGAAUUAGACGUCAGCGACAGAAUUAUUGUCGAAGAUGUCUAUUCCAGCUUAGUCAAUCCUGAGGGACAAACAUACGAUGUGAGGACCUUGGACAUCCAGGAUGAGAACCAAUUGACUCAACUCCGAUCAAGUCCAGAUGAGAAUCUCGAUAUUCCACAGUUCCCAAUGAGAAGUGUCACAAUGAAGACCAAUUUCGAUCUUUUACGCGAAGAAUAUGCAAAACAGUACGAAACAAUUGAAUUACAUAACAGAGAAAUAACUGAUGAUCUUAUUAACCAGUUAGCAUCAGUUACAGAGAAGAUAGAGAUGCCACAAGAGCCACAGUAUCCACCAAACAUCUUAAUAGAUAAUUUAAGCUCACAAAUUGCUAAUUUCUCCCCUGAAUUGAAAGAAUUUUUCGUAAAUCAGUGGAAAGGCAUCGAAGAAAGGUACGAAUCUGCAAUCUCAAGAGUAUUCAGCCUCGUAAACCAAUUACAUGUCAGAAUGGUCGAUCAUCUUACGAAGGCAAGAUCCGAAAUGCUGAGUUACCUGUUCAGACCGGGCAACAGCCAGCAGCAUGUAAUCGAGUUCCAGCAAUGGCACUGCACGCAAGUUGAGCGAGGAAUGAGAAGAAUGAGUAAAGUGAAAGAUGAGUGCAAUCUUCGGUUGAAUUCGUUGAGAGAACAAUUAAUCUCAAUAGAGAAUGACCGUAAGAGUGAAGAAGAGUACAAACAGAAGGAUUUAAUGAACUCAUCAUUUAGAACUACACUUUUCGAGACAAUUUCGAACGCUUACACCAUGCUUGCGCAAGCAGAAAUUGAUAGAUGGACAUCCUGCCAUAACAUGAUAAUGGAUAUCAACCAAAUCAUUGUAAAUUUGGAUCUUGCCGUUCCAUUACCAAGAAAGAAACUUCCGUUGAUCGUUGAUUCUAAGACAGAUAAGAGGAAGAGUGCCAAGAAGCCAGCUAGAACUACUCCACUCUCAAAGAGCCGCUUAGAAAACAAAUUACCUCCAUUUGAAACUCCGAUCACAGAAAAUAUUGACACUUUUAAGAAAUUUGUUUCUGACGCGAGCUGCAUUUACAUUCCAUCUACUGCUCCUUUGUCAACACGUGCAAAGAAGCCGGUAAAAGACAAGAAUCCUCUUGCACCUCAUAAAAUCAACGCAAUUGACGAAGUCCAGAAUUGUUUGAGAGAUGAUGAUUCAUUUAUUGUUUCUCAACUUGACAGAAUCAAUGCCAUGUGUUUGGAUGAAAUACAAGCCAUUCAACAGGCAUUCGACAGCUAUGUUGAAGAUUCAAGUAAUUGGAUUUCUUCUCAUUACGAAAAGAGAAAGGCAAUUGCUGAUACAGCUGUUGCAUUCAUGUUCCAGAAAGUUAAUGACGAACAACAGUUGAAUCAACUCAUUUUGUUCAGUGAUGAAAACUGUGUAAUUGAUUACAGCCAGUUGUUGAGUCCAAAUGAGGAAUCUCCGAAGAUUCCUGCUGCAUUUCCUGAAGAUGCAAUCAAGGAAGCAUCUGAUGGACACGCUGAGAACUUGUAUCAGAUAAUUGCUACUUGCGAUGAACAACAAACAGUAUCUAAUUAA